UGUCCACAGAUGUGACUGCUACUCUGGUGACAAAGUGGUCUUUUGCAGUCUGUGGACUACUAACUUGAACCAUGCUGUUAUUUUGCCUGCAGUUUGCCUGAGGUUAAAGACCACUGGUUAGAUACUCUUCAAAGGAAAAUCACAGAGGCAAGGAAAAGGAUAGGUGCCAGUUCUCCACUGCCAACUGUCUUCAUGAAGGUCUUGACCAACACUAUCACAAAUAAAAGCCUAAAUGGUGGUGAAAUGGACUCUGUUAUUGAGCUGCCUGUUCAGGACAACGACAAAGUCUCCGCCCCUUCGACGGAGUUGUGUAAGCAGGGACCGCAAGCUGAGCAGCCCAUUGCAGAACACGAAAGCAACGCUGUUGUCUGGAAGAACCUGUUCUCCUUUAAGCUGAAGAGAAGUUCCACACAUAGUGGCUUGCCCACCCAGAACAGACAGAGUCUGCUGUUUGGCUGUCGUCUGGCUGGAGACACUGCCCUCCCAAAACCAAUCACUGAGAUUUUUGACCUGCUGUGGAGGAAGGGUCCCAGUACUGAGGGGGUUUUUAGGAAACCAUGCAACAACAAGAACCUUAAUGCCCUCCGGGAGCAGCUGGAUUCUGGAGCUGAGGUGGACAUGGAGGCCCUGCCUGUGGUUCUCCUCGUCGGGCUCUUGAAGACAUUCCUGAGGGAACUCCCAGGAAGCCUGCUGGUGACUGAGCGCUACGCUGAAUGGGUGGAGGCAGUGGAAAAGGGGGACAAGACAGAGAAGCUCUCUGAGAUGAAGAGGAUUGCUGACAAGCUCCCUAGAGCCAACAACCUCCUGCUGCAGAAUCUGCUCUGUCUUCUGCACCACGUCAGCAAGCAAUCGCAGAUCAACAAAAUGGAUGCCAAGAACCUGGCUGUGUGCAUCGCUCCGACCCUUCUGCAGCGGCACAGCGAGCAGGCCCUGGACGUGAGCACCGCUGAAAAGGUGACAAAUGUAACCCAGUUCCUCAUUGAGAACUGUUGUGACCUCUUUGGAGAAAAGAUCCUAACUCUCUUUGGGGACCCAGAAGAUGAGGACCCAGGAAAUAACUCAGAUUCCACGCCUUCAAAUCAGCAUGACUCAGCGUAUGAGAGUCCAGAUCCUGACGGAGAUGCAGAGGGUGGAGAGGCGAUGAUGGAACUUCCUCGGGAGGAGGAAGAGGAUGGAGCUCUGGCCAACAGCCCAAUCAGAAUCGAGUAUUCUCAUGUACCCUCUGGCUCUUCAGAGGCCAUAUUUGAGACUUACAACGUGUCCUUCAACCGACGCUCCUCUGAGCCCACCAUUUUCCCAUCAGCUCCCAUGAGCAAUCUCCGAGGCCUGGCGCGUAGUCACGACGACUGUUCCACCAGCAGGGACAAGUAUGAGGAUCAGCCACUGAAGAAACUCAACUCGGACAACACACUCCUGCACCCGCAGGAGUGUGAGAGGAGGACUGCUUCUGCGCCCGUCUCAAAGACCGGUUCGUGCUCUUCGUCCUGCUCACUGGAGAGCUCUGCCUCAAAUGUCUCAGAAAACUCACCAUUCACCAGCUCUCCUCUGACGUCCCCCAUGACCUCUCGAAAAAGCCAGCCGACGAGGCACGCGUCCACCAUCGUCAAGACCCGCACGGACGUCCCGAAGAUGUUCAAGAGAGCGCGUAGCUUGGGGAGUUUCUCCAUCAGCAGGUCAGGCUCAAAGAAAGGCGAGGUGCAGAAAGAUGCCGUGUUUCCCUGUGAGACUCUCCCGGAGGACACACUGAGCGAGGCGGACGCCCCGGACGAGCCCGGCCGCCGACAGCGUCCUCUCUCCGCCAUUGAGGUCUUCCGGCACGUGGACAGUCUCAGCUCCCGCCCCCCGUCCUACGAGCAGGCUGUGUUGUCUGGGGUCUUGCCACUCCCUCCACUGUACCGACCCAUGACAGUAGACGAUGCCCGGGAGAUAGGUCGGAAAUCCCGUCCUGUCUCCAUGAAUGAAAACAUCCUGGACCUUUGUCCUGUUAGCCAGUUCAUGAACCCGGUUAUACCCUCAAAGGACUGUUCGGUCGCACCAGAGCUGGUUCCGUUCAGGCAGAGGGCCAUGUCGGAGUCAGUGACUUGCUCCAGGAUGGAGAAGGUGAGCCGGAGAUGCAGUCAGCCCGUGUUCGAGGAGUUCCCCUACGCAAAGGAGUCCUACGUCUAAAUGGUUUUCAUUAAAUUGUGAGCAUAAAUCUUAAAAUUAUCAGCACAAUGUUGGGGAAUUUGCUGUGGUACAGUGUUUCCCUCAUUUAUAAAAGCUAUUUAAUAUGCUAAUGUAAAUACAAUUUUUAAAAAAUAUCACCAGUGUAAAGCUAUGUAAAUAGAAUCUGACCUAUUCAAUCUGAAUAGUUCAUUUUUCAACUUCUGUAUCAAUCUCUUUUGGCACUUAUUUGAUGACACUUAUAGAUUAGUUAUGUUUGUGGGGGGGUUUUUUAACGUUGCUGUCCCUCUUUCCUUCACUACAAUAAACAUUGUUGACUUAA